GUUUCUGUGGUUUUCAUGAUUAUUUGAUAAUUCAUGUGUGUUUGGAUGGUUUUUUGUUGGUUGUUUGAGAACGUAUUUCAGAUUCUGUCAGCAUUCUUAUGAAUAACCAAUUUUAUCAGAUGAUGAUGAUGUUCUAUUCAAAUCUCUUUUUAUGAGUGUGUGAUCAUGGAAUACUUCAUUAGCUAAGGUUUAUUCUGUUUCCUAUUUGGGAUGUGCCCCUGUAAGAUCAUCAACAACCCAAAGAAACAUUAAUACUAGAAGCUGUCUAAGCCCUAAGAGCCCAAGAUUUGUAACAUACCAAAUAUUUAACCUUUAUCUGUUUGAUGAAAUGCCUGGGAAAUCAGUUGAAGCCUAAAAUUCAAAUUUGAACUAGGAUCUUGGUUAGGUUGAGAUGAUUAUGUUGGGAGCUUAACCUAUAAGUACCAAAUGAAGUUAAGGAAAUGUUCCAUUGAAAAGGAUACUAUAGCAGCUUUUGCUAACUCCGUUUCAGAAGUUACACAGAUACCUGAGAUUCUUUGGUUGCCAAAGCAGAUUAAGGAGAAGCUGAAAGAAGUUGAUCAAAAUGGUAAUGCCCCGAGAAUCGAGGUAAUGCCCAAUCUUACAGGCCCAGUUGCUGAUGGAAGAGAUGGCAUUAUUAGCUUAUUUGUAUCAUUUUCAGAACUUAUUAUUCAGGAGAAGCUGAAAGAAGUUGAUCAAAAUGUGAUGCUUUCUUGUGCUUUGGUUUUGGAGAGCAUAGAUCUUUGCUAUGGAAUGAUGGUAGAUGAUAUAGUAAUCAGUGGUCUUUUUCUUACUAAUUUGGAGGAAUUCUUGCCCUAUGUGAAUAUUGUCCUCUUAUCAGACCAUGAAGCCUUUGAUCAUCAUGUUACAUAUGAUACAAAAACAAAAAAGAUGAAGUUGUGUUUGCAUUCAUGUACAGACCAUGAAGCCUCUGAUUAUCAUGUUACAUGUUAUUGGUUAGGUUGA